AUGGACAAAGGCAAUAUAUUCUUAAGCGAGCACGACACGCGAGUUGCCGGUCUCUACGAUCUACAACACACUAUUGGGCGCGGUCAUUUCGCUGUGGUCAAGCUCGCCCGUCAUGUAUUUACAGGAGAAAAAGUUGCUGUCAAAGUUAUUGAUAAGACAAAGCUUGAUCCCUUAUCUCGCGAACACCUUUUUCAAGAAGUAAUGUGUAUGAAGCUAGUUCAGCAUCCCAAUGUAGUCCGGCUUUACGAGGUCAUUGACACUGGCACGAAGCUGUACUUGGUGUUAGAGCUCGGAGACGGUGGGGAUCUCUAUGACUUUAUAAUGCGACACGAAGAUGGUGUUGGUGAACAAGUGGCAAAGCGAUACUUUCGGCAGAUUGUGACUGCAAUCGCGUAUUGUCACAGACUACAUGUUGUCCAUCGUGAUUUGAAGCCCGAAAAUGUAGUCUUCUUUGAGAAACUUGGCCUGGUCAAGUUGACAGAUUUCGGAUUUAGCAACAAGUUUAUUCCCGGUAGGCAUUUAGAUACCGCAUGUGGUUCUUUGGCCUACUCGGCACCGGAGAUUUUGCUGGGUGAUUCCUAUGAUGCACCAAAAGUCGACAUAUGGUCUUUGGGUGUGAUUCUAUUUAUGCUAGUAUGUGGACGACUGCCGUUUCAAGAGGCCAACGACAGCGAGACAUUAACCAAGAUAAUGGAUUGUGACUACGUGCUA